AUACAAACUUCAGUUUGAGGUUAUGUUUGACGCCCUUUUGUUUAUUUUUAUCAUUGAAAAAAUGCUUAUUUCUGCAUAAUUAAUCAAUUUGCGAAUUACCCCGCGACUCAAGGAUAUUAAAUAGACAUGGGUGGUGGAGAUUUGAAUGCCAAAAAGUCCUGGCAUCCCAACACUCUCAAAAACCAGGAGAGGGUGUGGAAAGUGGAGCAGGCAGAUGCUGCGGAGAAGCGGAAGCUGGCUGAGCUACAGAAAGAGAUCUCAGAUGAACGGAGUAGGGAAGAGUUGAAGAAACUUGCUCAUACUUCCGGAGUAAUUGACAUGGGAGAUGACAAGAAGCUUGAAUGGAUGUACAAAGGCCCCACGGACUCCAUCAAUCGGGAGGAUUAUCUGCUGGGACGCCCUGUGGAUAGGUCCUUUGAACAACUCUCCGAAGCAGACAACCAGAUGAUUGGAGUUACUGUGCCCAAGAAUCAUGUGGAACAUGAGUGUAUUCCCUUCUCUAUCCGGGCAUUCAGAGGCACUCAGGGUGGAGAGCAAGUAGACAUGGCCAGAAAGAUCAUGGAAGAUCCACUGAUGGCAAUAAAACAGAAGGAAAUGGAGUCCAGAAGGAAGAUUCUUGAGAAUCCAGUAAAGCUGAAGGAAUUGCACAGGCUGCUUAAGAUUGAUAAACCCAAGAGUUCAAAGAAAUCCAAGAAGAAGGAUAAGAAGAAACGUAAGAAGCGCAGUUCGGAUUCAGAAUCCGACAAUGGGAAUGAUCUGGAUGAACUUCUGGCUAAGAAAUACAAGAAAAUCCAGUCAGUGAUUAAUGAUGAAAGUGGAGAAGCUAAUCUGGACCUCAAUCAACUUCUGGAGGACAAGUAUGACAAACUAUCGAAGGAACUGGACAAAAUGGGCAGCAAGAGGAAGCACAGUAAAUCCUCCAAAUCCGAGAGAAGAUCAAAGACACCCGAAAAAUCCCGAAGGAGAGAAGAGAAACGCAGGAGGAGUCCUUCGCCAGCCAGAUCUAGGCGAAUGAUGUCCGAUGAUGAAGAUAAUUCCCGGAUAGUUACAAAAAAUUACGGAUUGGUCUCAGCUGAUGGAAGAUCAUUGAAAAUUGACAGUAAAUCACGACGGGAAGAUCGUCCACGGCCUUCAGCGACUGUCACGGACUCCCGGAAGGCAAAAUCCUGGACGAGACCAGAGAGACAGCGUCUCACGGAAGAGGAGAAAGAAGCCAAGCGCCGGGAGAUGAUGGAGAAUGCAGUUUGGAGGGAUCGCGAAAGGGAGAAGAAUGUCAGACGAUAUCGGGAAGAUGAUCGAGCAGCAAGAGCACGAGAUGAUUCCCGCGAAUUCGACAGGAAUUUCAUCAACAAGGAGCUUCACAAGGCAGUGAGCAGGGAAACUGUGGAGUCUCGCAUUAAGUCCAACUUGAACAACAUUCAGCGAUCAUCACACUCAAUGAAUGCCAAUUUUGCUCGUCGGUAGUUUUAAUUGGAUUUAUUGUAAAUUUAGAACAUUAAAAUGGGCUUCAAAUAAAA